AUGGAUGUUCAGAAGUCCGGCCACGUUCUCGGCAGUUGCAUAAAUCUCGUGGAGGGCGGAGCUGGCCCAGAUGUCGUAGUGAGGAAUGCCCAAGAUCUUGGUCCCGCCAUGGUGGCUGGUUAUGACAUGUCCGGCAACGACGUUGGAUGUGAAGGCAUUCAUGAGUUGCUUGCCCUCAAGACGUAUCUGGAACAGAAGGAUGAGUGGCCACAGUUCUCGGUUAUCGGAAGGUCAGAUCUGACUGUGGAUACGGCUAGGUUAUAUAACUAUGCUGGUGAAGUGUAUGAGACGAUGAACUCUCGCAGGGUCUUCAUCACGCAGUCGGGGUACGUCGGGUUGGGAUCGAAGCAUGCACGAGUUGGCGCCAUUGUAGCUGUGCUUUCUGGCGGUCAGUGGCCUUUCAUUCUGCGUCCAAUGGGUAGUGAGUAUAGUAUGGUUGCGCCGUGCUAUGUGCAUGGCAUCAUGAAUGGCGAGGCUGUGCAGCAGCACGAAGCGGAAGGGAAGGAGGAUUUCAUCUUCGAUAUGAUAUAG